GUUUGUUGUUUUUUUGGUUUGCGGGAUCCGCCAUAUUUGAAGAGGACGGCUUAGGCGAGCGCCUGAGCCCCAACCUCAUCGCACCCCGCCCUUUAGGGGCUCUGUUGAGCCCAACCCCUUCUACCUCACCCAGCUUCCAGGCCUCGCCAAAGCUUGACCCCAGUGUGUCUCCUUCACGGGAGGCGGCUUCCUGAGGACCUGGUUGUUUGGGCAUUGAAAGUUAAGCGUCUGUCUUACCUGACAGACCAGGCCCAGACUGGCGAACACGGAAAGGUGAAGCGACUGCUGCGGAAUAACUAACAGGACGUGACACUGGAAAAACUCACCACCUGGAGGCCACCUAACCUCAGUCAACAGCCCCAGCCCAAGGGGAAAAAAAAAACAGGUUAUGAAAUGGUCUAUGCAAGAUGGUCUGGCCUUGAAUUGGAGAUUCUUAAGGCUGACAUAUGCUGGUAUUUUAUCUCCUAUAAGUAGACUAUAAUUUCUUCUCUUACAACAACCAUAUAAACAGAUAAAGUAGGAAAAGAUCCGUUCUCUGUCAGUAUGACUGCCAUGACUUGUGGCUCUCCAGUAGGAGAGAAUGACAGUCAGGGUCACACUCCUGAUGGACAGUCUCAGCCCCCCUUCCAACAGAAUCAGACCUUAUCAUCUGAUUCCUCCAAUGAGAAUUCCCCAGCAAUGCCUCCAGAUGAACAAGGUCAAGGUGAUGCUCCGCCACAGCAUGAAGAUGAGGAACCUGAAUUUCCCCAUAGUGACCUGGCAAAGCUGGAUGACAUGAUCAACAGGCCUCGAUGGGUGGUUCCUGUUUUGCCAAAAGGAGAAUUAGAAGUGCUUUUAGAAGCUGCCAUUGAUCUUAGUAAAAAGGGUCUUGAUGUUAAAAGUGAAGCAUGUCAGCGGUUUUUCCGAGAUGGGCUAACUAUAUCUUUCACAAAAAUUCUCAUGGACGAGGCAGUGAGUGGUUGGAAGUUUGAAAUUCAUAGGUGUAUUAUUAAUAAUACUCAUCGCCUAGUGGAGCUUUGUGUGGCCAAGUUGUCCCAAGACUGGUUUCCACUUCUAGAACUUCUCGCCAUGGCCUUAAAUCCUUAUUGUAAAUUCCAUAUCUACAAUGGUACACGCCCGUGUGACUCAAUUUCCACAAGUACACAGUUGCCUGAAGAUGAAUUAUUUGCUUGUUCCUCAGAUCCUCGAUUACCAAAAGGUUGGCUAGUGGAUCUCAUCAAUAAAUUUGGCACAUUAAAUGGGUUCCAGAUUUUGCAUGAUCGGUUUAUUAAUGGAUCAGCAUUGAAUGUUCAAAUAAUUACAGCCCUUAUUAAACCAUUUGGACAAUGCUAUGAGUUUCUCAGUCAACAUACAGUCAAAAAAUACUUUAUUCCAGUUAUAGAAAUAGUUCCACAGUUUUUAGAAAAUUUAACUGAUGAAGAACUGAAAAAAGAAGCAAAAAAUGAAACCAAAAAUGAUGCCCUUUCAAUGAUUAUUAAAUCUCUGAAGAAUUUAGCUUCAAGGAUUCCAGAACAAGAUGAAACUGUGAAAAAUUUAGAAAUUUUUAGGUUAAAAAUGAUACUUAGAUUGUUGCAAAUUUCUUCUUUUAAUGGAAAGAUGAAUGCAUUGAAUGAAAUUAACAAAGUGAUAUCUAGUGUAUCAUAUUAUGCACAUCGGCAUGGUAAUCCUGAGGAGGAAGAAUGGCUGACAGCUGAGCGAAUGGCCGAAUGGAUACAACAGAACAAUAUCUUAUCCAUAGUCUUGCAAGACAGCCUUCAUCAACCUCAGUAUGUAGAAAAGCUAGAGAAGAUUCUUCGUUUUGUGAUUAAAGAAAAAGCUCUGACAUUACAGGAUCUUGAUAAUAUCUGGACAGCACAAGCAGGGAAGCAUGAAGCCAUUGUAAAGAAUGUACAUGAUCUGCUGGCAAAAUUGGCAUGGGAUUUUUCUCCUGAACAACUUGAUCAUCUUUUUGAUUGCUUUAAGGCAAGUUGGACAAAUGCAAGUAAAAAACAACGUGAAAAGCUGCUUGAGCUGAUACGUCGUCUUGCAGAAGACGAUAAAGAUGGUGUGAUGGCACACAAAGUGUUGAACCUUCUUUGGAAUCUUGCCCAGAGUGACGAUGUACCUGUAGACAUCAUGGACCUAGCCCUCAGUGCCCACAUAAAAAUACUAGAUUAUAGUUGUUCCCAGGAUCGAGACACACAAAAGAUCCAGUGGAUAGAUCGCUUUAUAGAAGAACUCCGUACAAAUGAUAAAUGGGUAAUUCCUGCACUGAAACAAAUAAGAGAAAUUUGUAGUUUAUUUGGUGAAGCACCUCAAAACUUGAGUCAGACUCAGCGAAGUCCCCAUGUAUUCUACCGUCAUGAUUUAAUCAGUCAACUUCAGCAUAAUCAUUCCUUAGUUACUUUGGUAGCAGAAAACCUUGCAACUUAUAUGAAUAGCAUGCGACUAUAUGCUGGAGACCAUGAAGACUAUGACCCACAAACUGUAAGGCUUGGAAGUAGAUACAGUCAUGUUCAAGAAGUCCAAGAACGGCUUAACUUCCUUAGAUUUUUACUGAAGGAUGGCCAACUGUGGCUCUGUGCUCCUCAGGCAAAACAAAUAUGGAAAUGCUUAGCAGAGAAUGCAGUUUACCUUUGUGAUCGUGAAGCCUGUUUUAAAUGGUAUUCCAAGCUAAUGGGGGAUGAACCAGACUUAGAUCCUGAUAUUAAUAAGGACUUCUAUGAAAAUAAUGUGCUUCAACUUGAUCCUUCCCUCUUAACUGAAAAUGGAAUGAAAUGUUUUGAACGAUUCUUCAAAGCUGUUAAUUGUCGAGAAGGGAAACUAGUAGCAAAAAGAAGAGCCUAUAUGAUGGAUGAUUUGGAACUCAUAGGAUUAGACUACCUUUGGAGGGUGGUGAUUCAGAGUAAUGAUGACAUUGCCAACAGAGCUAUAGACCUUCUUAAAGAGAUAUAUACAAACCUUGGUCCCAGGUUACAGGCCAAUCAGGUGGUUAUCCAUGAAGACUUCAUUCAGUCUUGCUUUGAUCGCUUGAAAGCCUCAUAUGAUACAUUGUGUGUGUUGGACGGUGAUAAAGGCAGUGUUAAAUGUGCAAGACAGGAAGCCAUUCGAAUGGUUCGAGUUUUAACUGUUUUAAAGGAAUACAUAAAUGAAUGUGAUAGUGAUUAUCAUGAGGAAAGAACAAUUCUACCUAUGUCAAGAGCAUUUCGAGGUAAACACCUCUCUCUUAUAGUUCGAUUUCCAAACCAUGGUAGGCAGGUUGAUGACUUGGACAUAUGGUCUCAUACAAAUGAUACAGUUGGUUCAGUACGACGAUGUAUUCUCAAUCGUAUAAAAGCAAAUGUAGCCCACACAAAAAUUGAACUUUUUGUGGGUGGUGAGCUGAUAGAUUCUGAAGAUGACAGAAAGCUAAUUGGACAAUUUAACUUAAAAGAGAAAUCAGUAAUUACAGCCAAACUUACACAAAUAAGCUCCAAUAUACCUUCAAGCCCCGAUAGUUCUUCUGAUUCCUCAGCUGGAUCUCCUGGAAACCACUGUAAUCAGUACAGUGACAGUCCCAGUCCAGAGGUGGAAAGUUGUUUGCCUGGAGUGAUAAUGUCACAGCACCCCAGAUACAUCUCCUUCCUUUGGCAAGUUGCAGACUUAGGUAGCAGUCUGAAAAUGCCACCACUUAGAAAUGGAGCAAGACUACUUAUGAAACUUAUGCCACCAGAUACCACAACAAUAGAAAAAUUACGAGCUCUUUGUUUGGACCAUACAAAACUUGAAGAAAAUCGCCUUGGACCAUCUCUUGAUUCACUUUUGUUUGGUCCUUCUGCCUCCCAAGUGCUAUACCUAACAGAGGUAGUUUAUGCCUUGUUAAUGCCUGCUGGUGCACCUUUGGCAGAUGAUUCCUCUGAUUUUCAAUUUCACUUCUUGAAAAGUGGUGGCUUAUCCCUCAUAUUGAAUAUGCUAACAAGAAAUAACUUCCUGCCAAAUACAGAUACGGAAACUCGAAGGAGUGUUUACUUCAAUGGCCUGAAAAUUGCCAAACUGUUGUUAACUGCUGUAGGCUAUGGUCAUGUUCGUGCUGUAGCAGAAUCUUGUCAGCCAGUUAUAGAUGGUACAGAUCCUGUAACACCGAUUAACCAAGUUACUCAUAAUCAAGCAGUGGUGCUACAAAAUGCCCUUCAAAGCAUUCCUAAUCCAUCAUCUGAGUGCAUGCUUAGAAAUGUAUCGAUUCGUCUUGCUCAGCAAAUAUCUGAUGAGGCAUCAAGACAUAUGCCUGAUACCUGUGUGAUUACAGCUAUACAAAAAAUCAUCUGGGCAUCAGGAUGUGGGGCAUUAGAGCUAGUAUAUAGCCCAAAUGAAGAAAUCACUAGAAUUUAUGAGAUGACCACCAAUGCAAGCAAUGAGCCAGACAUGGAAGAUGAACAGGUUUGCUGUGAAGCAUUGGAAGUGAUGACAUUAUGUUUUGCUCUAAUUCCAACAGCCUUGGAUGCUGUUAGUAAAGAAAAGGCCUGGCAGACAUUUAUUAUUGAUUUAUUACUGCACUGUCCCAGCAAAACUGUUCGUCAGUUGGCACAGGAGCAGUUUUUUUUAAUGUGCACCAGAUGUUGCAUGGGACACAGGCCUCUGCUUUUCUUCAUUACUCAGCUCUUUACUAUUUUGGGGAGCACAGCAAGAGAGAGAGGUAAACAUUCAAGUGAUUAUUUCACUCUUCUACGGCAUCUUCUUAAUUAUGCUUACAACAGCAAUAUUAAUGUACCUAAUGCUGAAGUUCUUCUCAACAAUGAAAUUGAUUGGCUCAAAAGUAUUAGGGAUAAUGUUAAAAACACUGGUGAAACAGGUGUAGAAGAGCCUAUCUUCGAAGGCCACCUUGGGAUAACAAAAGAGUUACUGGCCUUUCAAACACCUGAGAAAAAGUAUCAGAUUGGUUGUGAAAAAGGAGGUGCUAAUCUCAUUAAAGAAUUAAUUGAUGAUUUCAUCUUUCCUGCUUCAAAAGUUUACUUACAAUGUGUGAGAACUGGAGAAUUGCCAGUUGAGCAGGCUAUUCCAGUCUGUAGUUCACCAGCUACCAUCAAUGCUGGUUUUGAACUACUUGUCGCAUUAGCUGUUGGCUGUGUAAGGAAUCUCAAACAGAUAGUAGACUGUUUGACUGAAAUGUAUUACAUAGGCACAGCAAUAACUACUUGUGAAGCUCUUACUGAGUGGGAAUAUCUACCACCUGUUGGCCCUCGCCCACCAAAAGGAUUUGUGGGACUAAAAAAUGCUGGCGCUACUUGUUACAUGAAUUCUGUGAUCCAGCAGCUAUAUAUGAUUCCUUCCAUCAGGAACAGUAUUCUUGCAAUUGAAGGCACAGGUAGUGAUUUAGAUGAUGAUAUGUACAGUGAUGAAAAGCAGGACAAUGAGAGUAAUGUUGAUCCUCGAGAUGAUGUAUUUGGAUAUCCUCAUCAAUUUGAAUACAAACCAGCAUUAAAUAAGACAGAAGACAGGAAAGAAUACAAUAUUGGUGUCCUCAGACACCUGCAGGUCAUCUUUGGUCAUUUAGCAGCUUCACAACUACAAUACUAUGUACCCAGAGGAUUUUGGAAACAGUUCAGGCUUUGGGGUGAACCUAUUAAUCUACGUGAACAACAUGAUGCCUUAGAAUUUUUUAAUUCUUUGGUGGAUAGCUUAGAUGAAGCUCUAAAAGCUUUAGGACAUCCAGCUAUGUUAAGUCAAGUCCUAGGAGGUUCCUUUGCUGAUCAGAAGAUUUGCCAAGGCUGCCCACAUAGGUACGAGUGUGAAGAAUCUUUUACAACUCUGAAUGUAGAUAUUAGAAAUCACCAAAACCUUCUUGAUUCUUUGGAACAGUAUAUCAAAGGAGAUUUAUUGGAAGGUGCAAAUGCAUAUCGUUGUGAAAAAUGUGAUAAAAAGGUUGAUACAGUAAAGCGCCUGUUAAUUAAAAAAUUGCCUCCUGUUCUUGCUAUCCAAUUGAAACGAUUUGACUAUGACUGGGAAAGGGAAUGUGCAAUUAAAUUCAAUGAUUAUUUUGAAUUUCCACGAGAGCUGGAUAUGGAACCUUAUACAGUACCAGGUGUUGCAAAGCUGGAAGGAGAAAAUGUAAACACAGACAGUCAGUUGAUAUCACAGAAUGUACAGUCUGAAAGUGAGACAGCAGAAAGCACAAAAUACAGACUUGUAGGUGUGCUUGUACACAGUGGUCAAGCAAGUGGUGGACAUUAUUACUCUUACAUCAUUCAGAGAAAUGGUAAAGAUGGUAAGAGAAAUCGCUGGUAUAAAUUCGAUGAUGGAGAUGUAACAGAGUGUAAAAUGGAUGAUGAUGAAGAAAUGAAAAAUCAUUGUUUUGGUGGAGAGUACAUGGGAGAAGUAUUUGAUCAUAUGAUGAAGCGCAUGUCAUACAGGCGGCAGAAAAGGUGGUGGAAUGCGUAUAUACUUUUUUAUGAACGAAUGGACACAAUAGACGAAGAUGAUGAGAUGAUAAGAUAUAUAUCAGAUCUAACUAUCACAAGACCCCAGCAGAUUAUGUCACCAGCCAUUGAAAGAAGUGUAUGGAAACAAAAUGUGGAGUUCAUGCAUAACCGAAUGCAGUACAGUUUAGAAUAUUUUCAGUUUAUGAAAAAACUUCUUACAUGUAAUGGUAUUUACUUAAGCCCUGCUCCAGGACAAGAUCAGUUGUUGCCUGAGGCAGAAGAAAUAACCAUGAUUACUAUUCAACUUGCUGCUAGAUUCCUCUUUACCACUGGAUUUCACACCAAGAAAAUAGUCCGUGGCCCUGCCAAUGAUUGGUAUGAUGUGCUGUGCAUUCUACUUCGUCACAGCAAGAAUGUACGUUUUUGGUUUGCUCAUAAUGUCCUUUUUAAUGUUUCAAAUCGCUUCUCUGAAUACCUUCUGGAGUGUCCUAGUGCAGAAGUGAGGAGUGCCUUUGCAAAACUUAUAGUAUUUAUUGCACAUUUUUCUUUACAAGAUGGGCCUUGUCCUUCAUCUUUCUCAUCUCCAGGACCUGCUGGUCAGACAUGUGAUAACUUAAGCUUGAGUGAUCACUUAUUAAGAGCAGUAUUAAAUCUCCUGAGAAGGGAAGUUUCAGAGCAUGGCCGUCAUUUACAACAGUAUUUCAAUCUGUUUGUAAUGUAUGCAAAUUUAGGUAUAGCAGAAAAGACACAGCUUCUGAAAUUGAGCGUACCUGCUACCUUUAUGCUUGUAUCUUUAGAUGAAGGACCAGGUCCUCCAAUCAAAUAUCAGUAUGCUGAGUUAGGGAAGUUAUACUCAGUAGUGUCUCAGCUUAUCCGUUGUUGCAAUGUCUCAUCAAGGAUGCAGUCUUCAAUCAAUGGUAAUCCCCCUCUUCCCAAUCCAUUUGGUGACCCUAAUUUAUCACAACCUAUAAUGCCAAUUCAGCAGAAUGUGGCUGACAUUUUAUUUGUGAGAACAAGUUAUGUGAAGAAAAUUAUUGAAGACUGUAGUAACUCAGAGGAGACCAUCAAAUUGCUUCGUUUUUGCUGCUGGGAGAAUCCUCAGUUCUCAUCUGCUGUCCUCAGUGAACUCCUCUGGCAGGUUGCAUAUUCAUACACCUAUGAACUUCGACCAUAUUUGGAUCUACUUUUGCAGAUUUUAUUGAUUGAGGAUUCCUGGCAGACUCACAGAAUUCAUAAUGCGCUCAAAGGAAUUCCAGAUGAUCGAGAUGGUUUGUUUGAUACAAUCCAGCGCUCUAAGAAUCACUAUCAAAAAAGAGCAUAUCAAUGUAUAAAAUGUAUGGUAGCUCUCUUUAGCAAUUGCCCUGUUGGUUACCAAAUAUUACAGAGUAAUGGAGAUCUUAAAAGAAAGUGGACCUGGGCAGUGGAAUGGCUUGGAGAUGAACUUGAACGAAGACCAUACACUGGCAAUCCUCAAUACACUUAUAAUAAUUGGUCUCCCCCAGUACAAAGCAAUGAGACAUCAAAUGGUUAUUUCUUAGAGAGAUCACAUAGUGCUAGGAUGACGCUUGCCAAAGCUUGUGAACUCUGUCCAGACGAGGAGGCAGAUGACCAAGAUACCACAGAUGAGCAUGAGUCAUCUCUACCAGAAGAUGUCCCAUUAUAUUCUCAUUCAUCUGGAUCUCACUAUCAACAGAAUAAUCAUGUGCAUGGACAGCCAUAUACAGGACCAGUAGCACAUCACUUGAACAACCAUCAGAAAAGUGGCCAGCGAACACAAGAAAGUGAUGAUGGCAAUGAAGAAGUAUCCUCAUCUCAUGAGGGAUCAGUAAAAUGUCCAUAACUGGUUCUGUUAAGAUGAUGCACUCAGGCCUUACAGUCCAAACUUUUUGUUUGUAGCUAGUGUUUAAAACUAGACAAAUUGUUCACAACAUCUCCUUUGCAAAAGUUUGAUCUCAAUAUAUAAGCCACCUGCAGGGGAAAGUGUAUAGUGUUUUAUAAUUAAUGGUUGAUAAUAUUGUAUAAAUGGCAAAGGUGUAUAUAGUAUAUAUUAAUGUUUGACUGUUAAUUCUUAUGCUAAAAAUUUUUUUUGAUGGAGUGAUUGAGAUAUACAAAAAAUAAUUUUCUUAUGUCUGCUGAAUUCUGCAACCAUUAUUGUCUGCUUCGUGGCAGUUUAGUCAGUCCUUUACCAAAAAAAAGAAAAAAGAUAGAAGAACCCAUUCACAUCAUUCACAUGGAUAAUGUGGAAAAAAUGAUGAUGUGGCUUUAUUUCUGGAUACUAUUACCCUUUUGUUCUGGUAGUAAGUUAAACUUUAAAACUAUAGUUAUGCUAUAACAUUUAGCAUGGCUUCAUACUGAGUUUGUGUAGCCAGUGAGGACAAAAUUACCUGAAUAAUAACAGUUUCCCCAAAGCGACAGCCAUAUUGCCCAGCACUUUUAUUUCUUAUAACAGGAGUAAAUAUAAAACAAGGGGGAAAUACGUUGACAAACAAGCAGUUUGGGGUUACACAUAUAAUCUUCAUAUUUAACAGUUGACGUUUCAUUCUCAAAUGGAAUAAAGUAUGUGAAUGUAUUGGUAAUUUAAAAUUUUAAAGUAUUAAAACUAAUAUGCAAAAUUUUGCUGUGCCAGAAUAUGUAGAGCAUAAUAGAAGACUGUAUUUGGUGCGCUUACUUUGUUUUCUGAUACAGUUUAUUAGAUGAAACUUUUAAAGUUUUGCUUUUACUGGAGUCUGAAGAAGUGGACAGCAUCAGAAUCCCAUAAUACUUUGAAGUACACAGCAUCAAGAUGUCUGCCUGGUUUUCUAGUCAGUUAUAGUUUUACCUGAAAGGAAGAAUGGUCCCAGUUCAUUUUCCAUUCCAAAACUUACUGUUGUGGAGUUUAAUUAAAACAUAGAUUUCUGGGUUGUUAAUAUAAUUUUGAAGUAUUAUUUUAGAAAAAACGUUUGUUUCAGGAUUCCAAGAAAUUCAUGACUUAAUACUAUAAAAAAGAAUUGAUAACUUUUGAAUGUGUGUAACAUUUUGGAAUUUGACUAAAACCCAGAUGUUCCUGCAAAGAGAAACAGUCUGUCCUAUACUAUUUAAAUAUUUUGUUGUUUUGUUUUAUAGAAAUUAUUUUGCUGAAUUCACAAAUAGAAUUUGAUUUAA